GAAUCUUAUAUCCUGAUUUUUCCUUUCACUCAUGGCCUGAAGCUGAAUGUCCUGAGGGCGAUGCACGCGGAAGCCACAACUGGGACAGAGUUGUAAAAGACUUGCUGCAAGAAGGAGUAGGGGAGCAGGGGGAUGCGCAUGCGUAUCAGGAUGAAGAGGAUGAUGGAAGUGAACAUCAUGGAGAACAUGCUGAUGGAACGGGCUAUAGCAGUGUAGAAGGUCUUCAAAGUAGGCCUCCUGAUUAUCAGUUGGAAUUUGAACAGAAGAUUCCGAAACUUUUCUGGAGGGGAGCUGACACUAGUCCGAUACGCCGGCAGGUUGUGCAGAACAUUCAUAGAAUAAGAGGUGACCUGGAUCGUGAUUUUAGCGGGUUAGGAUCACAGAAGAUCGACGUCGAGUGGAUGAAAUGGAAUCGGGCAGCGACGCAAAAAAAUUCUGCUGCUGUUAUGACGUGAGAUUCGACCUGUUUUUUGGACGAUAAGUACCUAGCUAUGUAUAGUCACUUUAAUGGCAUAAAAAGCGCCAUCAUAAUUAAAUGGCGCGUUUGCUUUCUAUUCAUCUUACUUCAAUUUUCACUACGACUCUAGCUUACUGCUUGUCAAGACUCUCUUUCUCCAAAUAGUCAAGUAAAUUUUUUCUUUCAUCUAUCUUUCCGAUGUGGAGCUGGACGCUGUUCGUGCUGAUAGUGAAGCCCAUCGUGGGACGAACAAUAUUUUUGGCAUUAUCGGUGAUGGCGGUUCAUCCGGUGAAGAGGAAAGCAACCGAUUCGAGGACAGACUCCUAAGGCUAUCCACUGAUAAUUCAUCUUCAACUUGGAAAACAUCUGUGACCACAAGUAUUGUUUGAUUGUAGAUUCAUGCUCGUAAUUCCCGGCUCUUUCCUCACGCUUACCCGUUCUUCAAGGACUCAGUUCUUCAAAAAUAAGUCAUGCAUGGGUUUACGUCUAAGACUUGCUCUUUCCCUACAUCUCCUGAAGGACCUUUUUGAGCAUUCGGAAGAGGCAGACUUGUCUGGUGGCGGUCAGCUCGAACUGCGAAAAAACGUAGGCGGACAGUCAGUGCCGAGUGGACAGUGUGUACGAGUAUCGGACUGGUGCGGGUACCAGUUUCUGGCCAAUAUACCAGGAGUUUCGAUGCCUCUGUCGUUCAAAUACAGACUCUUCUGUUAUGGAGGGUUGAAACAUUUCAUUUCUACAGCUAGUUAAAGGUUCAAGUUGAGUUCCAAAAUAAGCAAAAGAACUAAUGGCUGUUCCUCGUCUUUCCUCCGUUCUUACCAUUGCUCUCAUAGUCUGAAAACGAAAUGUUUAUAAAUAUGUUUCACAACCUUUAACUUUGCAACAGCGUGAUGUUGUCUUCGGGUCCGAUGUUAUACCAGUGGUUUUACUCGCUCGUCCAGCCUGAGAAGCACUACGUGUACGUGGAUCCGUUUUUCAAUACCUUAGACGCAGCCAUGCACAGCUCUGACGUGUCUGUUUAUGCAGAUAUUGCAGACGAGGCUCGGUUUUUGGCGAAAACACGGCUGACAACGGCCGCCGUGGAUUGCUACUGGAGACG